GCGUGGUGGCGGGAAAUGUCCUUCCGGAGCCUCAUCCAGGACAUGCGGGACGAGUUCGGGAGCAUCUCGCGCCACGGCCUGCGCGCCUCCCGCUCGCACCGCGCCGUCGCCGCCCCCGGGGUGGGGGCGUCCGCCGCGGCCGGGCUGGUCGACGCGCUCGAGGGGACCUGCUGGGCGCAGCUGCCGCCCGAGCUGCUCAGGGAGGUGCUCGUCAGGGUCGAGGUCGACGACACCCUCUGGCCCUCCCGCCGGGACGUCGUCGCCUGCGCGGGCGUCUGCAGGGCAUGGAGAGGCAUCAUGAAGGAGGUCGUGCGCGUACCCGAGGCCUCCGGCAAGCUCACCUUCCCCAUCUCACUCAAGCAGCCUGGCCCAAAGGAGAGUACUCUUAAAUGUUUCAUAAGAAGAAACCGCACUACUCAGACGUAUUAUCUAUACAUUGGAAUCACGGAAGCACUGGCUGAUGAUGGCAAGUUCUUGCUUGCUGCACGCAAAUGCAGAAAGCCCACAUACACAGACUACCUGAUUUCCCUGGAUAUGGGUGAUAUGUCAAAGGGGAGCAGCACCUAUAUUGGCAAGCUAAGGUCAAACUUUCUGGGAACGAAGUUUACCGUCUAUGAUGCUCAUCCACCAUAUGAUGGAGCUGUGGUCUCGAAGAGCCGGUCUGCGCGUAUGGUUGGUUUGAACCAGGUCUCCCCAAGAAUUCCUGCUGGCAACUAUCCAGUUUCACAGAUUUCUUUUGAAUUGAAUGUGUUAGGCUCCAGAGGUCCAAGAAGGAUGAACUGUGUUAUGAGUUCAAUCCCUGCAUCAGCUGUUGAAGAAGGGGGCAAAGCUCCAACACAGACUGAAUUUCCUCUCAAUAACAUCGACUCCUUCCCGUCCAUUCCAUUCUUCAGAUCCAAAUCUGCUCAUAUGGACAGUACAGCUCCACAGAUACCUGCUCAGAACGAAGAGAAGUUGGUGCUGAAGAACAAGUCUCCUAGGUGGCAUGAACAGCUGCAAUGUUGGUGCCUCAAUUUCCGUGGACGGGUGACUGUUGCCUCAGUGAAAAACUUUCAGCUGGUUGCUUCAGACGAAACUGGACCCGCUGGCCAGGAACAGGACAAGGUGAUUCUCCAGUUUGGAAAGAUAGGCAAAGACUUGUUCACCAUGGACUACCGGUAUCCCAUAUCAGCAUUUCAGGCGUUUGCAAUAUGUCUGAGCAGUUUCGAUACCAAAAUUGCUUGUGAAUGAGACAAGGUGCUGGGAAAAUCAUGGCAGCUGGAAGGAAGCAGGAAUGCCAAAGCUGAAGAAUUGGUAAAUCGUCGCCUUGAAGUUGUUAUUCCAGUGGCGCCAGGGUGUAUAUAGCAGCUAUAUAUAUGUAGUCUAUAUUUCCGUUCUGAUUAAAUACAUUCUGUGCCGGUGCCGGCAAGUGAAAACAUAGAGGUUUUUCCACCAGUGAGCAGGCUUGUGCUGUGUGGCCAUGGGCCAUGGCCGAAUCUGUUUUGUCAGUUGAUGAGUUUAUAUAAGACGGUCAUCGUUGCAGUUCGGCAGCUUCGAGUGUAGCUGUAAAUUGUGUGCUGGAAGAACCGUUAUGCAUAUUGCAAAGCAGGCAUGUACGGGCGUGUG